UUCCCGCACACCGUCAUUGAUAUCGGUCGUGAUGGCUACUAAAGUGGCCAUAGUCACUGGUUCCAAUAAAGGAAUAGGCUUCGGAAUUGUGAGGGGUUUGUGCAAAAGGUUCCAAGGGCACGUGUAUCUCACAUCCAGAAACGAGCAAAGAGGAAAAACAGCAGUAAGAAAACUUAAAGAAGAAAGUCUUUUCCCAAACUAUCAUAAGUUGGACGUCACUAAAAAAGCGAGCUUGGAACUAUUCCGUGAUUAUAUUCAAAAACAAUAUGGCGGGAUAGAUGUUUUAAUUAAUAACGCGGCUAUAGGGUUUAGAAAGGAUUCUACAAUGCCAGCGAUAGUCCAAGCAGAACGCACAAUAUUCGUCAAUUAUUUUUCUCUAUUAUCCACUUGUGAAAUUCUCUUCCCGUUACUAAGGAAUGGAGCUAGAGUUAUCAAUGUUUCUAGUAAUUUGGGGCAUUUGUCCCAAAUACCUAGUUCUACUUUAAGGAACAAGUUGAAAGAUAAGAAUUUGACGGUAGAGGAGUUGAGUGAGCUGAUGACUCAGUAUGUGGAUGCGACUCGGCAGGGGGCGCAGCUUUUGAAGUGGGGGAAAUCUUCGUAUGCGGUGGCAAAGGUUGGGGUAGUGGCGUUGACGAGGAUACAACAGAGAAUGUUGAAUGAUAGAGAUAUAAAAGUGAACGCCGUGCACCCCGGCUACGUGGCGACGGACAUGACAGCGCACUCGGGCCCCCUGACCGUCGACGAGGGCGCGCAACCAGCUUUGUAUCUGGCCCUGGACGCGCCGGACUCGUUGCGCGGCGAGUACGUGUGGAGCGACAACACCGCCGUGGACUGGGAAGCGAGUGAAAUGCCGAAGCAUGUUAAAAAGAAUACAGCUUGA